AUGGGGGCUCAGCAGCCGGUGAACGACGAUCAGGACGCGAGUCGAGAAAAGGGAGUCAACCCAGGUGGGUGGGACGGAUCACAGAGGAGUGGAACGAAUCGGGAAGAAGUGACCAGGUUAUUGAAGGCCUUCGGGAAGUUAUUAGAUAGUGCAGAGGCAGCGCAGGCUCAAGUGGUACCGGAAUUGAGAGAAUGUCAGGCGGAUCCACGGAAGGAGAACGAAUUGGAUAUAAAGCGUUGGGUGGUGAAAGUCAUAGCGUUGGAUCGGGCGGCAGUGGAGGUGAUUAGCACGAUGGAGGCGUUGAAAAUUAUGGCAUCCGAUCACAGUGAUACUAGUGGAGAGAUUUAUGGGCAUCUGACGGGGGAGGUAGAAACGAGGGUCAAGGCGAUCGAGAGUAACCUUGACCAUGCAUUCUUCUUAGUGCAACGGCAGAGAAUAAGUGAAUCAAUAUUGAAUGAAUGGGGUUUGACAACCGAUGUGUAUGGGAGGGUGAGAACUACAGAAUUUGCUGAGAAAAGACGGACGCAACCGUCAAGACAAGCGAAAAGAGCCAAGGUUGGGACGGGAGGAACGCCGAUGUCGACCAUCAGAGCAGUAAAAGCCAGGAGAUUAGAAGAGGCAAUUGUCGGGGAGGCGAGUAAUAGUAAUAUGGAUCGGGAUCCAAAGGAACAGGAUCAUCAGGACGUUGGGGGAGAGGUUGAGGAGAACAGGAUCUUGUCGGACGGAUCGGAGUAUGCAUCGGGGGAGUCGGAUGUAGAAUUCAUGGAUCAAGGAGAGUUGUUAGAAGUAAAGGAUAACAGAGAUACCUCCGAUCUUAAGGAUUAUAUAGUGAGAUUGGGAGACCGACUUAAGAGAUUGGAAAUGGGCAUAAACCGUUCGAAUAAUGCACGAGCACCACCACAACAAGAUCGACAUGCAUAUACAGAUUUUAGCCGUUAUCACUUCACGGAGAGAUCGGAGAAUCGAUCAGAGUUCAGGAGGCAUCGAACCCAGGAGGAGUUUGACUUACAUUGCCUUCGAUCAGAAGUUGUCGAGGGAAAGCUGAUAUGCAGAUGCGAACCACAUACUGCAUUCCAAGCAAACUCUUGUUCUUCUUCAUCGGGAAAUGAGCUGGCGAGAUACAAUGGGAAAUGUCCAGCAGAUUGGAAGAUAUUUACAGCGUCAUUCAACGCAUUGGUCGGACUGAAUCCGCGAUACCCUCCGAUUGUCAAGUACAAUAUCUUGAAGUCCAAGGUAGACUUCCGGGACGAGAAAAUGAUCACGGACAGAAGUAUAACAUCAAGAUCGUAUGCGAGGAGUUGGGAGUGGUUACAUCAAUCCCAUGCCAAACCCAUGUCGUGUCUCAAUUAUAUCCGUACUGUCUUGGCAACCAUCCAUAUAAGAAUAGAUAGAGCCUCAUUAACCCAAGUCCGGAAGCUUUGGGAUGGAGUGUGUGAAUUGAAGGAGGCCAACUACAACAUGAAGGAGGACGACCUGAGAGCCGUCAUCAUGGGAACAUUAUCAGAUGAGUUGCGUCGGAAUAUAAGGGCGAGUGCAGAGGUGGGGAGACUCGGGGGUUACAGGAAUAUCGCGGCGGAUGAUUUGGCCAGGGAGAUUUUCGACUUCGUGACCGCCGAGGUGGAGGAUCAAGAAGCACAUGAGUCUGCAAUGAGGCAGUUCAGACCAGCGCCUCAAUUUCAUCCGUUUGGGAACAGGAUCCAUGGGGAUGGAAGGCAACAGUCCAGACCGGAUAAUAGAACUGGAGGAGCCGGACCAAUCAGGUUCCAGGGACCAUCAUGUUAUUUUUGUUUGGGAGCACAUAAGGCAGUCGCAUGUACUAGAUAUCAGUCAACCCAAUCGAGGGUGUAUCGAGCUCGGGAUAAAGGGUUGUGCAACAAGUGUUUGAUUCCUCGACAUAAUGGAGAGUGUAGGAUUGGGCCAUGUCGGAAUUGUGGCGAGAGGCACCAUCUGGCUAUCUGUGGGAAGCCUAAGCCAAGGGCGACCGGAGGAAACACAGCUGAGAUUGGGUCCAGAAAUGUAGUAGCGGCCAUUGCGGAUCAGGGUCGGAAGGAACAGAUUGAGAUGCCUUCGAAUCUCUUCAUGACUUUGGAUUUACUCAUGUCGAACGGACCAAAGGGAACGGCUAAGCCUAUGAGGGUAGCGUUGGAUACACACAGCUCUACGAAUUUCAUAACGGUGGAGCGGGCUAGAGAGUUAGGGUUGAAGUUGGAAGAUGGUGGGGAGAUGCCGGCGAACAUAUUCGGCAACAUAAGUAAUGCAGUUAAAGCAUACAAGACUGUGGCACAUAUGCAUUUAAAGAACAACAAGAUCAACCCAGUAACGCUUUAUGCGAUCGACGAAAUAAUUUCACCGUACCCGAUGCUGGAGAGUGUUCCUCAAGAAAUCGAUGAGCUUUUCAAGUGGGAUCCAUCAGGAUCGUUGGUUAGAAGGGCACCGGAUAUUCUUCUUGGUCUACAGGAUACAUUGUUAUUACAACCACAGACAGUGGAGGCACGGUUAGAAUGUGGAUUGACUUUGAUGCAGACAAUUAUGGGAUAUAUUGUAUGUGGGAGCGUUAGGGAGGAUACAGAGGCGACAGCGCUGUUGAUUAACCGGACCGAGUCAAAGGAAUUGACCCCGGAGCAGAGAUGUAUUAAACAGUUGUAUGAUAUGGAGCAUUUGGGAGUCGCGGAUGAGGAUUACAAUAAGACCGAAGAGGAUGUUGUUACAGAGAGAUUCAAAAGGGAGUUGAGUGUAGAUCAGAGCGGGCGGUAUCAGGUGAUGUUGCCAGUUAAAGAUUGUAUUACGGAGUUGGGUUCAAAUAAGUAUAUCACCAUGCAGAUGACGGAAUCACUGAGGAGACGGAUAUUGAAGGAUAAGGAGGCACAGGAGGCGUACAAGGAGACCUUUGAAAAGUAUUUGGAAGAAGGCAUUCUGGUAGAGGUGCAUGACGAUAAACUGCCUGAAGGGGCAAUUGGAGAGCAUUACCUCCCACACCACCCCGUUAGGAAGCUGGAUUCAAACACAACUAAGAUCCGAAUCGUCGUGAACCCAACGACAAAGUCAUCAAAGUCGGGGAUAUCGUUCAACGAUGCAAUGUUCAAGGGACGGACCGACCUUCCUACUAUAUUCGGGAUUAUGUUGCGGUCGAGAACCUAUCCGAUAUUGACGAUCAGUGAUGUCGAGAAAGCAUUUUUGCAGCUGACCGUGCAUCCUAGUCAUCGUCCUUUGUGUCGAUUACUGUAUUGGAAAGACAUUUCGAAGCCAAUGACAAGGGAAAACAUCAGAGUAUUCGAGUUUCAACGACUUUGUUUUGGGCUCAAGCCGAGUCCUUUCUUAUUACAACAGACGAUACGAGCGCAUUUGGAGAGAAAGGAUCCGGUUCUUGGGCGGGAGAUCAUCAAAGAUAUGUACGUGGACAACAUCACGGUUGGGGCAGAGAAUAGCGCCGAGGCGCAGCGGAAGGCGGAGAGAGCGGUGGAAUUGUUCGGCAGUGCAAAAAUGAAAUUAAGGGAGUUUGUAUCGAACGGGAAUAUAACGUUGCCCGAGGGAUUAAUGGGAAACCGAGACAAGGUCAAAUUCUUGGGGACUGGGUGGAUGGUGGAAGAGGAUCUACUGGUGGUUAAAGUUCCGAUCCUGAGAUUCUUGGAGGAGAUUACUAUGUCGGUGGUAUUGGGUGAUAUCUCGUCUCUCUACGAUCUGCUAGGAUUGGCGUUGCCGUUGUUGACAAAGUUGAAGGCUUUUUUCCAAUCACUUUGGCCACUGAAACUCAGAUGGAGACAGCCAUUCCCACAGGAAAAGAAGGAGGAAUGGUUGCAGCUAGCACGGGAAUGGAAUGGACAGGAAAUACGAUUUCCGCGAUAUACCAAAGUGGAAGAGGGAGACGAACUACACGUCUUCAGCGACGCAAGUGCGAUCGCGAUGGGUGCCGUAGUCUAUGUAGUAAGCAAAGGCAAUUCAAGACCUCCAAUGAUUGUGGCGGCAAGGGGCCAGAUCGCGCCUUUGAAUAAGGAGAGGACUAUCCCCCAGAAGGAGCUGGGAGGAGCGAAUAUUGGAGUAAGAUUAGCAGAGUCUGUAAACAAAGAGUUGGGGAGGGAGUUAAGGAUCAUUUCGUGGAUCGAUAAUGAGGCGGUGAUACACUGGAUUAAAUCAGGGGCUCCUCGACAGCCAUUGGCAAUUAACAAUCUGUUGAAACGUAUCUGGGAGUCAUCAGUAAGGGAUUUCAAUUAUGUUCCGACCGACGCCAACCCCGCGGACAUUAUAUCCAGGGGAUGCCAUCCGAGUGAGUUGGAUCAGUCGAGGUUAUGGAGACAUGGACCAGAAUUUUUAUCCGGACUUAAGGAGGGCUGGCCAACGAAGCUGAACGUCCACAUCGAAGGAAGACCUUUUGAUCCGAGUGGACCAGAUGAUUUGGUGAUCCUGGCAACGGCACAGAGAGAAAUGAACCCAGUUAUUACGAUGGUUUAUAAGCACAGCAACUUCGACAGAGCGAUCCGGGUCGUACAAUGCUUACUGAGGCCAUUUUUGAGAAAGAAUGUAGACGAUAUGACUCAAGAAACAUUGAGGGCAAGAGCAUUGAGAGUAGUGCAUAAAUUGGAUCAGGAUGUGUGGCCACCGAGUGAUGACCAAAGGAAAGAUCUUGGCAUAUAUCUGGAUUCAGAAGGGAUAUUGCGGUCAAAAGGGAGGAUAUCGGAAGCGGAUUUGGUGGAAGGAGCGUUGCAUCCAAUCUUUGUCAGUGACAAGUCGCCAUUAGCACGCUCAUUGAUUCAAAAGGCGCAUGAGGAAUUAGGUCAUCAAGGACCAGGAGCGACAUUGCAUAAGCUACGGUAUAAGUAUUGGAUUCCAAGGGGGAAACGGACAACAGCAGGUGUGCUGCGGCAUUGUGCCAAAUGCAGACUAUGGUUAGCUAAACCUUUUUUGAAACCCCCAUCUGAACAGCUGCCCAAAGAACGUGUCGAAAUUCAACCUCCAUUUCGGAAUGCGGCGUUGGAUAUGUUUGGUCCAUUAAAGGUAUUUGCGGGAAGGAAGUGUGUAAAGCGUUAUGUCAUCAUAUUCACGUGUAUGACGGUGAGGGCGAUUCACUUGGAAGUAGCCAACUCACAGUCUGGAGAAGAUUUCUUGCUGGCCUUUCGUCGAUUCAAAGCUAUCAGAGGAGUGCCAAAGUUCAUACAGUCGGAUAAUGGAAGGAAUUUCAUCAAAGCACAUGAUCUAAUUCAGAGAGAUCACGAGGAGUUGGUGUGGAAAUUCAUUGAUCCAAGGUCACCGUGGCAGAAUGGGGUCGUCGAAAGAUUGGUCGGGAUCACAAAGGAGGCAUUUUACAGAUCUAAACCCAGGUUUCGGGGACUUAAAGACAUUGAACUGGGCACAGUGAUAAAGGAGAUACAGUCUGCAGUAAAUCAACGACCGCUAUAUCCCAGAGGGGAUGAUCGAGAUGCAUUACAACCAUUACGGCCGAUAGAUUUUCUAUCUCCAGCGGGCUUUUUUUACCUCAACCCCAGGCAAGGAGAAGAUAACGACAUCAGCGAUCCCAGUUAUGUUCCGGAGUCGGAGAGACGUAAACGAAAAGCUGAAAGGGCAGCGGACGCGCAUGAUCUGCAACAACUUCAUAAUUACUUAUCUCAAGUAUUGGAGGUAUUCUGGGGGAUAUGGAUCGAAGAAUAUCUUAUGGGAUUGCGCGAAAGGGAGAGGACACCAAGAAGGUCCGGGAAUGUGCGGACAAGACCGAUAAUCGGAGAAAUUGUGAUGAUGCAGAAGCCAAUUCAAGACCGAAGUCAAUGGCUACUGGCCCAAAUAACGGCCAUAUUGCCCACCAAAGCAGGUACAGAUCCGGCAUACGUUGUGGUGAGACGUCGAGAAGGUGAUGAAUGGAAGUAUGAAAAGGUAGCAGUGCAUAUGUUAUUUCCAUUGGAAGAUGAGGACAUGGUCAAUGAGUCUAAUGGAUACACAGGCCAAAGGGCGUCGACAAGCGAAACGGUUCCAGGAGAUCAAGAAAAGAAAUAUGAGUCUGGGAAUAGACCUGGCCCCAGCGAAACACUUGACACAACGCAACAAGAGGCAGAUCCACAAAGUCAUCAGAAUUGCCGUAGGACACGACGACCCACGUCGCGAUAUCCAAAGGAAACAUUUGUAACCUUUAUGGUGGUUACCUCAACUUGGCGCGCUCGCGGAGGGCUCGUACGAACGAGGAGUUCAGUCCGGGAUAACACUUUUGAUUUUAGCGCCAGCAGUUCCACGAUGAGGCCGAGAAUAACUAUGGAGAAGAGACCGAGGAUAACGUAUGAGGAACCAAAGGAUUCGGAGGAGAGAGUGGUCGAAACAACAAGACCGAGACCAAAGAGCCAAUUGGGGGAAGUUAGGGGCAUGAAGUUGGAGUACGAGGAAUAUGAAGGCAGACUGGUGCGGAUCGAUAUAGAGAGUCUGGGCAAAUGCAAUGGGACAGGAGAUCAUCUACAGUGCAGGCCAGCACACUACGAUGAGAUUAUAAAAGAAUGGGAGGCAGGGAAGACGUGCAAUCACCUGUACGAAUUAAUAGCGUUGUGGCGGACCUCCAGAGCAACCGGGAAAUGCAGGGAGAAGUGUCUUGGUUCAUUGAAGAAGUACCGGGAUGUACAACGAAGCGCACGGGAUUACAUGGAGAACAUUCUCAGUGGGGGAGUGUUCUGA